AUGAAAAAUCAAAGCUUUGUUACAGAAUUUGUCCUCUUGGGAUUUUCGGAGAAUCCGCAUGUUCAGAAAAUCGUGUUUGUUAUAUUUCUGCUCAUCUACAUUGCAACAGUGUGUGGCAACCUGCUGAUUGUAGUGACCAUCAUCACCAGUCCAGCACUCCUGGGCUCCCCAAUGUAUUUCUUCCUGGCUUUUCUAUCCUUACUGGAUGCAUGUUUCACCACUGUUAGUGCCCCCAAAUUGAUUAUAGACUGUCUCUAUGAGAAGAAAACCAUAUCUUUUGGAGGGUGUAUGACUCAGAUCUUUGCUUUACAUUUUUUUUCUGGGGCAGAAGUGAUUGUCUUAACAGCCAUGGCCUAUGACAGGUAUGUGGCCAUCUGCAAGCCCUUGCACUAUACUUCCAUCAUGAACUCAAGACUCUGUGGCAUUUUGAUUGCAGUAGCCUGGACAGGGGGCUUUCUCCAUUCCAUUACUCAAAUCCUCUUUACCUUUCAACUGCCUUUCUGUGGUCCCAAUAUCAUUGAUCACUUCAUGUGUGACUUGUACCCAUUACUGAAACUUGCCUGCACUGACACUUAUGUCUUUGGCCUUUUGGUGGUGGCCAACAGUGGGUUUUUUUGCAUCCUCAUCUUCUCCAUGUUGCUUGUGUCCUAUAGUGUCAUUUUGUUUUCCCUGAGAAACCACAGCACUGAAGGCCAGAGGAAAGCCCUAUCUACGUGUGGAGCUCACGUUGCUGUUGUGGUUUUGUUCUUUGUCCCAUGUAUAAUUGAAUAUGCUCGGCCUCCAGCUUCUUACUACUUUGACAAAAUAAUGGAGAUAUUUUGCAGUGUUCUAACUCCUUUACUCAACCCUUUGAUUUAUGCUUUCAGAAACAAAGAAGUGAAAAAUGCCAUGAGGAAUUUAUGGAAUAGAUUAGUGGUUGUUUCUAUUGAGCAAUAA